UACUUGCAUUUAGUGUUGUGCUAAAUAUUAAAAAAAAAAACAAAUAUAUAUUAACAAAUCAAUAUAAAUUUAAAUACAAUAAUAAUUAAAAAAAAAAACUAUAUAAACUCGGUAAUAAAUAAAUCAAAAUGAAAUUAUUAUUGCUAAAAAAUUAAUAAAAACUACUUCGUUUUUACAUCUCACAAAUUGCCCAGUGUACAAAAUCGAUACACAGAGUUAAUUCUACGCAACUACUCCCUUGUAAACUCAUUUCAUUUUCGUUGUUGCCGACUGUUGAUGCAAAACUAUGUGAACAUUUACUUAUUUAUAAAUGAAAAACUGGACUCAAUUUGACAAAUCCUUAAAAUUUCAAUAAAAAUCUUUAAAUUACAUACACACGCGUACCAUAUACACAUAUAUGUUCGAGUACAUCUGUAUGUAUAAUGAAGUAGUUAAAACAAAAAAACUAGUGAAGAAACAGUAGGUCAGGGCAAAACGUAUUAUUAAUAUUUUUUUUUUCGUUUAUUAUUAGAAGAACUUAAUAGCUUAAAAAUGCAUGCAGUUGGUAUACAUUCCGCCAUGGCAAUAAAACGCCAACGUAAGAGGCGUGAUGAACAGAAACGUGCUAGAGAAAGACGUUACAGUACUCAGAGUUCCGAAAGUGGAGAAACAUUUCAUUCUCCGAGUGGAUCAUUUCGACGUAAAUUUCAUCAAGCCCAUAAUACAGUUAAGCCUGGGCCAGGUCUGGAUAGUCAGGUUGUAACGAGUAUUGGAAUGCUGCACAUUGGUAUUGUGUUUAUUGUAUUCGGUUUAUUUUUGUGUGGUGCUGGAAUUAUACCUGAUGAAACGAUGUCCUGGAAUGUUUUCAGCUCAAGUUCGGCAUGGUGGAAUGAAGUAACAUGCACAGGAUUGUUUUCUUUGGGUUUGGGUUUGUUCUUGCUGAUAUUAAACUGUUUGAUAAGUCGAAAAGAGGAAGAAGAUUUAGAAGACUACGUACAGCGUCAACUUACUAGAUCACGAUCAGGACAUCGUUUGGAACGGGACGUCGAAACUGGAGUCUUAACAACACGCCAUGCUCGAAAAGCAGUCGCCUUGCAGAAGAAUGUACGAAAUGGUUCAACUACUGAUGUGGCAUUAGUAAAUAGUUCAGCAACUGACAAUGUACCAAAUGGAUCCAUAGUUGGACGUUUAAAUACUUCCGGUGAUAUUUUAUUAGAAAAAAUAGUGGAAGAAGACAACUCAUAUCUAAAUAAUGGUAGUGUUGGCGUUUCGCCAAUUGAAAUAGAAAACGAUACCAAACAGCUCCUACGAAGCGAAUCAAUAAAUGAAACAAUCAAUAUUACGAGAAUAUAAAAUUACGUACUCACCUAAUCUAAUAUUUAAUAUUACGAGUAUUCUUAAUGCAAUUUAUUAGGUAAUAAUUAUAAUUAUUUAUUUAUCUUUAUAUCUCUUUUCCUCCUCUCUAUCUCUCUUUCCCUUUUUUAUGCAAAACUUUAAUAAUAAUUGUAGUUUAAAGUGAAUAAUAUAAAAGACAAAAAUAUAUACAAUGUAUUUUUAGGAUAAGGACCAUUUUCUUGAUUUCUUAAAUAAUAGAUACAAAAAUUAGAAACAAACGACCAUUACAUUAUUAAAAUUAUUAUAUAAUCCUUAUACAACGAUGAAAUACCAUACGUUUUUAUUCACGUUAAAUGCAUCUUAUUUAAAAACGUCGACAAAAGAAUAUUCACCUAAAUAUUACAAUGCAGCGUAAUAAUUAAAACACACAUCCUAAUCUACAUUAAAAAUAUGUACGAGAAAUUCAAACUAAAUACAUACAUAUGUGUAUAUUGGUUUUUGAAUUUGAACUUCAAGGAGUGUGAAUAAUAUAUUGAUAGCUUCCGUUAAGCAGUCUUAUUUUUAUUUUUUAUGUAUGAGGCAUCGGCUCUAGUUUUUAAGUUUUUAAAAAUGUCUACAACAAAUUUCCUCCUCAAGGAUAAAUUCUGUAAAACAGGCAGUUUUUAGUUUAAAAAUCUUGAUUUCAUAACAAUAUGUUAAAAAAAAUUUCUGCAAUCUCUUCGAAAUGGGUCUCAAAAAUUCGGUAAUUUUGUUCUGAUUACGAGAAUUAUAUUUUUAAAAUUUGUUUAGAGUAUUUUUGGUAGCAUAUUAUUUUUACUUUUAUCGAAAUAGGUCCGUCCGUUUGUGUGACCAUUAGAGGUGCCCACCAAAUGUCGAUUUUGUUUGGAUGGGUCUUAUUUUGUUCUUUAGUGUCUAAAACUGGUGUUAAACCUUUUUGUCCUUUGAUAUAAUUGUUUUAUAACUAGUUGGGUGGAUCAUUUUUUAUUAGAAGAUUAGAUUUGUUAGUCCACGUGGUCCACGAGAUACCCUAAUGCAUGUAUAAGUGGACAUAAGUAUAUUACACCGUAUGAAUUUAUAGUCGGGCAUGGAAGACCAUAUGAUACCUUACACCACUGAGUAUGUUAAAAAUUUGGAUUAUUUUUUAAUUAAUAAAGCAUUUAAUUUGAUUUUUACCUUACUUCUGGAAUAUUUUUACUUAUUGUUGCCAAAAAAUAGAUUUUCUACAAGAGAGCUUAUACGGGGGUGAGGGUAAAUAUGGGUCUAUACUUAUAAAUGUUGGUAGAGCAAUUUACGUCUACAUCAAAGUUACUUAUGUAGAAUUUCAUCGUGAUAUUAGUGUUUAUAAGUGAGUUUUGACCUUAUAAGUGAAUUUUGACCUUCACACUAUCAAAUUAUCUUGAAAAUUGCGAUCUUUAGCGAGCGCACAAACUUUAGAUACUUGGAGACACAGACAGACGGAUAAAGUUAAAUCGACUCUGAAAGUAAUUCUGAGCCGAUUGGUAUACUUUAAGGUGUAGGACCAAUAUUUGUGGGUGUUACAAACAUCAGCACAAACGAAUAAUACCCUUCCCACUAUAGCGGUGUUAAUCUAUGUGUACGCGAUGGUUAGAUCAGACAGUAUUGAUAUAUAAGGUAAAGGUAAAAUCCUGUUCGAAAAUUUUUGAAAUUCCCCUAUAGAAAAACUGUAAAUAUUUCAUUAAAGUUAUUCAAACAGUUAAGGCUCAGUUAGUUUUUACGUUCCGUCCCGUGAUGAAUCAGCUGAUUCGUUUUGGAUUACGGAAACCUAUGUAAAUCAUUAGUUCUACAAUGAGGUUGCCAUUGGGUUUUUGUAUGAAUCCCUGGUAAACAAUUCGUAUUUUUGACAAAAUUUUAAUGGUUUCAGAAUUUUCUUCAAAUCUCGGUUAUAUAUAGACCGAUUUCCAAUAACAAACUUCUCGAAAGCAUGUCUUAUAGAAUUAUUGAAGAUUGGGAUCUCGAGGAUAUCUGGCGUCCUUAUACAUACAUACACAAAUUUUAAUUCUACAGACAGACGUACAUACAUUAGGGUAUAACUUUAUUGAGGCGGCAAAAUAACACUCUCUUAUAGCCAAUUCUGUCCUGAUAAUAAAAAGCUAUUUUUUAUGUCAAUAUGGUUAAAAAGCUUUCCGCAUGGAAACCAAUUUCUAAAAUGAUUUUGCUAGUUUAUGUACACAUUUCUAUUAAGAUAAAGGGUUAAUAUUUAAAAUGUCACCUCCGUAGAUAAUGGUUAACCGAAUCUAAAAAUGAGGCGGUAUUUUAAAAUUAAAAAAAUAUAUGUACAUAUAUAAAGUCUGCCGAGUUUUCUUUCGCUGCAAUUAGAUCUAUUUUGAUACAUUAACGUCAUUCAUAGCUUUAUAAAACUACAUUAAGGAAAAGAUAUGUAUGCAGUUUUUUUUUAACGUUUUUGUGUAAAACUAUUGCUAGCAAGUUUUAAUAAAGAGCAAGUUUUGUUUUAAAAUUAAAAAUUUAUCAACCUGCCUUUAUGAGUGUAAUCGUAAACAUAAAAAAAAUAAUUUAAAAAAAUAAGAUUAUAUUUACUACAAAAUAAAUAAAUUGCACAUUUAUAAAAACAUAACUAUGUACUGUUUACAUACAUAUAAAUUUAACUGCAUAAAAAAUAAAAAUAAUUCAAAUAAAACAUAUAAUAAACAUAAACAAAUAAUAUUAAAUUAAAAAUAUGUAUAAUAAAAAUGUAAGACUUUUCCUCGAAAUAAAAAAGAAAUCAAACUUAUUUUAUGUAAAUGUACAAAAUACUAUGUAUUUAACCUUUUUAUAUUAUCGUUAUUAUUAUGUAAAACAGAAAUUGAUAAUUUCUAUAAUAAAAACAAAAGACUUUUCUGUAUGUAAUCCGCAAAUACGAGUACUC